UAUGGAUAACGCUGGAAAGAUCCACAUAUUCCAAUCACUUGUUGCCUGGGGAGUUCCUUCGUUGUUGGUCGCUGCGAUUGUCGCCAAUGACGGUUACGCAUACAGGCCAAUUGAUAUCAAAUUUUGUUUUGGUGCCGGUAGACGUUGGACAUACUUCACUUAUAUUCUACCGCAUCAGAUAGUUGCUGCAAUAGGAAUAUCUUUGCUUAUCUGGACUUGCUUUCAGUUACGACGAAAGCUAAAGAUACAGCGCAACGUCGUGCGUGAAAAUAUCAACAAUCGAGAAUUUGUUGAAUCAUUGGAAUUUCUGCAAAUUCGUCUAAUAUUUGUCUUCAUUGGCGUCGCCAUCUUCUCGAUGCUGGCAUCAGUUAAAAUGUUAUUGAAUCUUCGAGAAUCCAACAAGAUCGAGUCGAGUUUUCAAAACUAUGUUGUCUGUCUCAUUCUUAACAGAGAAGAUGAUAGCAACUGUCCAAAAUCUUAUCGUCAAUAUUUAUACAUCAAUCUUGGUUUGAUUGUUCUUUACACAUGGCCAGUAGUAAUCGCUGUUUUUCUGCUAUACUUUUCUGCCUACAAGAAAGUGAGGAAGCUGUGGCUGUGCGUGCUGACGUGUAAUCUCUACGACCAGAGGAAUGCUGAAAUACGAGAAGACUAGCAACAAACCGGUAGCACCAAUAGAAAGUAGAGAAGCGUUCAAAUGUCUUUCCGAACAGCAAAGUUGUUGGAAUGUCCGUAUGAUUUACUUUUUAGCGAUGUCCAAUGUCAUGAUUCUAAAGUAGUUAGAUAAAGUCAAAAUACAAAAAUUAGUAUUAUUG